ACUGACACGUUUUUCAUAUAAAAGUUACAGCAAAUACAACAUUCGCAAAUAUUUAAUUAUAUAUUUUAUGUUUUCAUAGUGCACGAAGACGAUAGCCGUUCAAACAUGGAGAAUAUCACACGCAGAUGUGACGACCGUUAUGAUAAUACGCAAUGUUUCUGCGCAUGCUGUGUCAAUUAAAACUUCGCCAUAGGUAAAAAAAGAUGGUUUUAAAUGCAGAUUACGACAACAUCCAUUGGCAAGCAGGAAGCACAACAAUUAUAGUGUAAUGUGAUAUAUUUGCUGCUAUAUUCCGAGAUAAGAUUUUUCCGUAAAGGAUAUUUUAAGUCAAAGCGAGGAACUCAAAGAAACCAUUUACUUCAACCAAAGUUUGCUUUACAAAUAAUCAUUGUGUUGGUAACAUUUUCUAAAUCAUCGCAGCCUCCAGGACGACAGGUUUACGCGAUUUUCUGUCACCAGAUAAGAUCAUCAUCUCAAAAAUCUGUCGAUCAAAGCAUCGAAUACGUGAGACAUCCUCAGUUUCCUUCACAGUUCAACGAAAGUUAACAAAAAAUGACCAAUCUUCAUCGUAGUUUGGCUGUCUUUAACUGGGCGUCACAAAAAGCCGAAAAAGAUCUAACAAACACAGUUAGUAAAGUAAAGCUGAAGGAGGAAUAUGAAAUUCAAGAAGAGAUCGGCAGAGGGGCGUUUGGCAUUGUCAAAAAAUGCAAACGACGGAAAGACAAAGCAAUGUUUGCGAUCAAGGUCAUCCUUUUUAAAGAUCCAAAACUGCUCAGUGAGAUAAAGCGUGAGGUUGAAAUGAUGAGACGACUAGAACACGAGCAUCUCGUAAGCCUAUACGAAGUUUAUGAAAGUGCAGGCAGCUACGGUAUGCUCAUGGAUUAUGUAGAGGGGGGCGAACUGUUCGAGAGAAUCAUCGAGAAAGAAUACUUGGAAGAAAAAGAAGCAGUUGAGUAUCUACACCAAUUGAUUCAAGGUCUUCAGCACAUGCACAGUCGAAAUAUUGUUCAUCUCGAUAUAAAACCAGAGAAUAUUCUGUGCGUCAACGCAACGUCCAACCGCAUCAAGCUGAUAGAUUUCGGUUUGGCACGAGAACUGAAGCCAGGUGAAGUCACGCGGUGUGCUCUUGGAACACCGGAUUUUGUCGCCCCGGAGGCGAUUUCAUUUAACGAAAUCAAACUACAAACUGAUAUGUGGAGCACGGGCGUGCUUACGUACGUUUUGCUCAGCGGUCUGAUGCCUUUUGCCGGAGAAGAUGACAACGAAACUUUAUGUAACAUUGCAAACUUGGAUUGGGAGUUUGACAAAGAGUCUUUCGAGGAAAUCUCUGCAGACGCACGUGACUUUAUUCAAAAACUGCUCACGUUAAGUCCUGAUGAAAGAAUGAAUUCAGAUGAAGCGUUGCAGCAUCCUUGGAUGAAAGCAAAUGAAGAUAGAGCUGGAAAAAUCAACACAAAACGACAUCGAGCAUUCUUGGCAAGAAGACGUUGGAUGAAGUCCGUGAACGCCGUGAUGGCAGUGACGAAACUCUACCGAAUAUUAAACAAAUCAGAAAACGGAAGAUCGCGUAGCAAUUCAUCAUUGAGCCAAUCAGGAGAAGGAAAAUCAUCGCAACAAGAGCCUCGGUUUCUUAACGUAAAUGAACAAGGAGAUGGCUCGUCGUUAGUUGAAAAAAAUUCUGUGGCUAAAUCAAAUGUUUUGAAAAACGACCAAAACAAUAAUUUUAGCGAUUCGUCGUCUGAAAAAAUCCCAAUAAAGACAUAUGAUGUUAAACCCAUAGUGACCACGUUAGGUGAGAAACAGAACAAUGCAAUUGCUGCAAUACAAAACGAAAACGUAGUGUCUCAAACGCAAAGCAAGAAUGGCAAUGUAAUUAAGAGGAGCCACAACGUUGAGACAAGAUCAAAUGGUACGAGUACAAACGAAUCUUCCAGUAGCAAACCGGUAAAUGUUGCCUUCACGAGUUCUAAUAAAAGCGGAGAAAGAGUCGUGUGGAAAGUAUUUAAAUAAAACGUGCCUUCCUUUAUUUAGUCCUAUUCAUUCGCCAAUAUUGUAUGGCUAAUUAUAUUAAUAAUAUUUAAGUCAUUGCCAACUGAUCAACAACAUAGUGUUGAUGACUUUAAGAAGGCGAAUGUUUACCAUGCGAACACAACCAAUAGAAGCAGAUCUCUGUUAACCUAAAUCCAGUAACAUCUUUUUGAAAUAGCACUUAUGAAGAAGUUGAUUGUAUGUAUUAGAAGAAAAGCAAAUUGGUAUACUUUAUAGUAAAGCACUAGCAAAGCACUGUUCAUCUUAUCAAAAAAACAUCACGUGACUGCAAAACAAAAAAAAGUUGUUUAUCUUUACGUACGUUAAAUUGUUAAGUUUAUAUAUACGUCAUGUUACUUUGCCUUUUAAAUUUUAAAUCUUUUUUAUAAAGUUCAUAUUAAUAACAAUAAAAUUCAUAUAAAGAUCA